GUGCCCGCAAGUUUGCUUCUUUCAAUGAAUGAAUACGAAAGAAAGAGAGAAGAUGGUGAAGAACAUUACCAUCUCAGUAUAAAAACUUUGCAUUCUCUCAUACCAAUGGCCCAUUUUCUAUUGCCUAUCAUGGCUCUCUCCCGAUGAGGGGAAGAACACAAGCAGCCCGCCAAGAAAAGGAGAAGCAAACUCUCCCAACGACAAAGCCCAGGGGGUGUCUUCCAAUUCCCACCACCUUUUUCCUAUUUAUCCUCCUCUUCUUCUGGUGCUACUCCUUAAUAAUGACCAGCUCCUUCCACCUUUGUGUCUCCUCCCGGAAAGUCCACCAUUACUGCAUCUCUGGCAGCUCCAAUCCCCGCUUCGAUUUAUUUGAAGUACUAGACUCCCUCAACAUACCUACGAACACAAACCGUACCAUCCACAGCCAAGUCGGUGACAAUCGGAAGAACAAGAUAGCCAAUUCUGUCAAGGUGGUCGAAGAACAAGUGCAAGAACAACGCUCUUGGGCAUCGAAAGGCAUGCAUGUCGCAACGCAAAGAUCAUGCAAUAAUCGGGGCAUCUUCGUCUACGAUCUCCCCUCAAAAUUCAACAGAGUUCUCAUGGCCCAAUGCCGAGAUCUCCUCCCAUGGACCGACCUCUACGAGUACUUCGCCAACGACGCCAUGGGGCAGCCAAUGCCUCAGCUUGGCAAGGGUUGGCAUCGAACACAUCAGUAUUCUCUCGAGCCCAUCUUCCAUUUGAGGAUCUUAAACCACCCUUGCAGGGUUCAUGACUACAACAACGCCAAGCUCUUCUACGUUCCCUUCUAUGGAGGCCUCAGCAUCCUCAGGUGGCACUUCAAGAACGAGUCGAGCGACGUCAAGGACAUGCUCGGCGCCGAGCUCAUCAAGUGGCUCGAGGACCAGCCACCAUGGACCCAGAACUCCGGCAAGGAUCACAUGUUUGUGCUUGGAAAGAUCUCGUGGGACUUCCGGCGGAACGGGCACGGUGCAUGGGGGAGCAACUUUUUGUCUCUGGAUGCCAUGCAAGCCCCAUACAAGUUCUUGAUCGAGCGCCAGCCAUGGGAGUUGAAUGAAAUCGGGAUCCCCCACCCGACACACUUUCACCCGCACGAGGACACCGACAUUGUUGCAUGGCAAACGAGAAUGAUCAGCUCGUGGCGGCGGAAUCUCGUGAGUUUUGCAGGGGCUGCACCGCCGGAGGCCACGGAGAGCAUCAGAUCGGUGCUUAUAAGGCAGUGCAUGUCGAGCAGCGACCACUGUAGGUUUCUUGACUGUGCCAAUGGUUCAUGCUCGAGAUUGGAGGCGGUCGUGUCGCUGUUCAUGGAGUCGGAAUUCUGCCUGCAGCCGCCGGGGGACAGCCCGACGAGGAAGUCGGUGUUUGACAGCUUGGUGUCAGUUUGCAUUCCGUUCACAGCGUACUAUCAGUACACGUGGCACUUGCCGGAGGACCACCGGAAGUACUCGGUGUUCAUUGAUGAGGAGGAGGUGAGGAAGGGGAAGGUGGACGUGAUACAGAGGUUGAAGGGGAUCUCCCUGGAGGAGAGACAUGAGAUGAGGAGGUUUAUAGUGUAUCAGCUCAUGCCGGGCUUGGUUUAUGGGGGCUCAAAUGCCAAAUUUGAGAGGUUCCGUGAUGCGUUUGAUAUAGUCAUUGAUAACUUGGUCGAUAGGGUUAUGAGGUCAGGAUAGGAUAGGUGGCUUUUUAUUUGGUUUUCUUUUUAUUUUUC